CGAGGCUGCUGCCGCCGCCGCCGCCUCCCCGGAGGCUGCCGGCCUCUUCUCCGCACCCCCCCGGGCCCGCGCUCGCUCCCGCUCCGGCUUCCCCGGAGUCGCCAUGAGCGGCGGUGGCACUCGCUUACCACCGCCCCCCACCCUCUGCCCGCCGCCGCCCCUCCACGGGCCGAGCCUGCCGGAGCCGGGAGCGCGCAACCAGGGCCGGGGAAGCCCCCCCCGCCACGGCGUACCCCGCGCUGCCCCGGGCGCCAGAGGCCCGCCGCCAGGUAGCAUUGGUACAUCCUUUCAAUGCCACUCAAUCCAUCAAGAUCACAUUUGUAAUGAUGACAGUGACAAGAGUGAAGACAGUCCUAGUCCCAAGCGACAACGUCUUUCCCAUUCAGUCUUUGACUAUACAGCAGCAUCACCAGCCCCAUCACCACCAAUGCGACCAUGGGAGAUGACAUCAAAUAGGCAGCCUCCUUUGGCUCGACCCAACCAACACCACUUCUCAGGGGAACGAUGCAACACACCGGCACGAAACAGGAGAAGUCCUCCUGUUCGACGUCAGAGAACAAGGAGGGAUCGUUUGUCCAGACACAGUUCCGUUAGCCAGGAUGAAAACUAUCACCAUCUCUCCUAUGGACAGCAGCAAGCAAUAGAAGAGCCCCGAGCCUUUCACCCACCAAAUGUGUCUCCUCGUAUAUUGCACCCAGCUGCUCACCCACCACAGCAGAAUGCAGUGGUGGUUGACAUUCAUGAUCAGCUCCAUCAGGGCACAGUUCCUGUCUCAUACACAGUGACAACAGUGGCUCCACAUGGGAUACCACUUUGCACCGGCCAGCACAUCCCAGCCUGCAGCACACAGCAGGUCCCAGGCUGCUCAGUGGUUUUCAGCGGACAACACCUUCCAGUUUGCAGUGUGCCUCCCCCAAUGCUUCAAGCGUGCUCAGUCCAGCAUCUACCUGUACCAUAUGCAGCAUUUCCACCCCUCAUUUCUAGUGACCCAUUCCUUUUGCAUCCUCCUAUCUCUCCACACCACCCUCCUCACUUGCCUCCUCCAGGACAAUUUGUUCCUUUCCAAGCACAGCAGUCACGGUCGCCACUUCAAAGGAUAGAAAAUGAAGUAGAACUACUUGGAGAACAUCUUCCUGUAGGAGGUUUUACAUACUCUCCUUCAGCCCAUCCACCAACAUUGCCUCCCUCAGCUCCUCUUCAGUUCUUAACCCAUGAUCCUUUACAUCAGGAGGUAUCAUUUGGUGUACCUUACCCACCUUUUAUGUCUCGAAGACUCACAGGGCGCAGCAGAUACCGAUCACAGCAGCCAAUGCCACCACACCCUUACCAUCCCAGCCUUUUACCUUAUGUGCUAUCAAUGUUCCCAGUGCCUCCUGCAGUUGGACCAGCUUUCAGCUUUGAGUUGGAUGUGGAAGAUGGAGAGGUAGAAAACUAUGAGGCACUGCUGAAUUUGGCAGAACGUCUGGGAGAAGCCAAGCCACGGGGAUUGACAAAGGCAGACAUUGAACAGCUUCCAUCCUACAGGUUCAAUCCAAACAACCAUCAGUCAGAGCAGACAUUGUGUGUGGUGUGCAUGUGUGAUUUUGAGUCAAGGCAGCUACUUAGAGUCUUACCAUGUAACCACGAGUUCCAUGCCAAGUGUGUCGAUAAAUGGCUGAAGGCGAAUCGUACCUGUCCGAUUUGCAGAGCGGAUGCUUCGGAAGUGCAUCGUGAUUCCGAGUGACCAGUCUAAGAGCACAAAUCUGGUUUGGGUAUUCCUAGUCACAUGUAUAUACGAACUCUCUGUUGAACUUAACCCACGUGGCUUCUAGCCUACCCUUUACACAAAAAGGGUCAAUGGACCUUAACUUUGCACUGUGUGACUUAAUCAGUUACAAAGCAUAUAACUAGUCUUCACAGUUAUGGGAUUGUUAUACUAACAGUGUGAAUGGAACUCCAAAGAUAUUUUUUUCUUUUUUUUUUUAGCUUCAUUUUGUGUGUGCACUAACAUUCCCUGGGUUUUGUGUGAUCAUUCCGAGUGUUGCUGCGAAGUUACUGUGGACGUGAUCUUUUAGCAUGUGCUUUCUUAGAAAAGAAAAAGGAAAAAAAAAAAAGUGGUAGCUUCAAACAAUAUAGCAAUCUACCUUAUAUAGAGCCUUCAGAUACUGUGAGUGGGAAUGGAUGGCGUGAAUGUGUGUUUGGUUGGGAGAGGAUGCAUGGAGCGUGCCUUUGACUGAGUGUGCAUGUGUGUCUGAGAACCUAUAUACCAGCAUGUACUGAGAACGUAUGUGUGUAGUAAUAAUAAUGCUGCAAUGUAUAAUCUUGUGUGUUAUUUAAACAGUACUAGUACUGUACACUGGUUCUUUUCCUUGUGUUUGCAGUUGCACACUGAAUGCAAUUCGUGCAGCAAUUACAGACAUUUAGUAUUUCUUCCCCAAUGUACUUACAGGUAUAAAGUUCUUUUUACCUGCUAUUUGAAACAGCUGAUACGCUUCUUCUUGGAGGCUUUAAACGUAUACCACUAAAGAGUGCAUUGGUUGUUCAUACAUGAAUUACUAUGGGGAUUUUAGUGUUUGUUAAAAAGUCAGGAUUUUUGAGUGGCUGAUUUACAAGCUAUUUUAUCAAUGUAAAGUUGCAAUAGCGCACAAAUCAUGUAGCAAUACUAACAUUUUCAAUUGCUAGUGAGAAUAUCAAUGCUUUUCUGUUCUCCUCUUAAGUUUUUCUAGCUGGUUCUGCCAGUUAUGUGCUUCUUCCAUGAAAGGAAGCAGAAAGGAUGCUGAGGAUCUUGUGCAACAGCUCUUCACUUUUUUUCACUUCUCAGUUAUCUUAUAAAUAUUGGCUUUAAUCAGACACAUUCCUCAUCAUUUGCAAGGGAGCUUGUAUACAGUUAAAAUAACUUGUAAAAGGUACAGUUUUAUUCCUGCAAUUUUAUUCAUGAAUAAAAUAAAAUUUUUAGUAUUUCCUCUGAGAAGUAGAACUUCUAUUUUUUCAUUGUAUCACAAGCAAAGGUGGUUUCACUUCACUAACUGCAGAAUUCAAUUGCCCUGAUGCUGCUUCUUGCCCUUCCUGUUUCAUUAUGAGUGUAAUAUGAAGAAGGAACUCCCUUGGUUUUUGCAAUCAAGUUUCCAGAGUGCUCCACUUCAGGAGAUAAUUGGGACACCUUCCAGAACCAUGCUGUGAAACAGGAGGUGAAAACCUCUAGUCAAGUGCUCUGAAUAAUGUUUUAUUUGAGCUAUUGAAAAUAAUUAGCUUCAUUUGUAACAUUCAGACUGUUAACAUCUUCAGUAUGUUCUAGCAAACUUUUAGGUCUACAUUUACCAUAGUUACUCAAAGGAUGCACUUUUUGAAAAAAAAUUCUUGUCCAGUGUCGUUACUUUGGUUGCAGCAGCACAAGUGGCACAAUUAGCAAUAUUGCUGCAACUUGCUGCCAGUAUCAGCUUUAAGUUUAUUUUUUAUCAUUUCUGAUGCUUUUGUAUGCUGCUAUGCUUUAGUAUCAGCUAUAAUUUCAGACAGUGUUAGCUGUUACCCAUGCUGAUUUCCCUCUUCAAAGAUUCUACAGACCAGUUACAGGUCUUGGUGCAGAUAAAAUAAAAGCACAAUUUUCCCUAUUUCAGAUCCUCUUCCCUCUGCUCAGUUCUGCAGGUGAUUCUUAAAAACAGCGAGUCUUUCUGUAUCUAUCCACACUUAAGAACACUAAAUAAAUAAAAACACUGUUACGUCAGCUUCAAAAUACUAGAUUUCUCCUCUUUUCCAGUGGAAUUAAAGAAUAGGCUUUUCAGAAUAACACCUAGCACGUUAACUUACACAUAAUAAAAUAUAUUUUUUUAAUAAAUAAAGUCAUGUUGUUUAAAAAACAUAUGCCACAUAUGUCUUUCAAAACUUAAGCUCUUUUAUAUAGCUACAAAAGAAAAAAUCGUGUGUGUGUAGAUUUAAACAUAACUAACACUACUGUGCUCAGUAUUCAGUUUGAAGCAGGGAAAGAAAGCACUUUUUCUAAGCUAGAUACAAAUGAACAAGAUACAUUCUUCUGAAGCCAAGGGAAGGGAGUCCUCCUUCUGGGACUGGAGAAAUCUUGAUGUGUCGUGUCCCCUUCUCCCCAGUAAAACUUGGUGAGGCAGUGAAAGCUCUAGGGGAUGGAGGGUCGAAGUUGGUAAAAAGCUGAAAUUAAUUGUUGCACUCUUUGGCUCAUCUCUUCUGGAAUGGCUCUUUUGUUUGCAUGGGACUCUUGCAGAUGUAUGUGGACUUGCUGCCUGUGGUUAGUGUGUACAAACAGCACACGUCCAUAUGUCCUGAAUCAGUUCAGACAAGCUACAAUCAAGUCCUCUCUUUUGUGGCUGUGACGGCAGGGGGAUUCAUGUUCAGCUGUUUACUGCCAUGUGUUACACACACCUGUGUGUAACUCCACAGCCUGCCAUGGUGCCUGGCAGCACCUGAAGCAAGAUUUUUACGUUCGUUGCCUUUCUGCCAUCACCUGGCUCCUUCUCAAAUAAAAUAUAAAAAAACUAAAAAAACUAAAAAAAAACUAAAAAACAAACAAACAAAAAAACAAACAAACAACCUGUAAUAUGUUUUCUUUAUCAUAUUGGCACUGCUGUGUUUUUUUGUUUUUGUUUUUUUUUUUGCAUAAACUGUUGAUUUAAUUUGACAUUUUAUUGGAUAUCAAGGCCUACAGGUAAUUCCAAUGUCUCAUUUUGUGGCUUUCUUAAAAAAAAAACAAACCUAAAACCUUUUCAUUGUUUGCCAUUUUGUACAGGCUUUUGAAUGUGAUUUAAAAGCUGUUAACACAUUAUGUAAUACCUGGGAUAAGAUUUACCAACCUUUUUAAUUUUAAUUGUAGAAAACACAUUUUUGACUGAGUUAUCUUUGGGCCUUUGCAGAAGCUGUGUUGGUUUUGGUUUUUUUUUCCUUUGGUACAUUGUUACCUCAUUUUGCUACUUGUGUUUCAGAUUUGCUAAUGAUUAUGGAAACAUGGGUUUGUUGGAAUCAUGUUGUCAAGUGUUUUCUUUAAAUCAUACCCUAUUGUAUCAUGUAACAUGUAGUUUUAAAUGUAUUAUAAAUAUCUGUAACCAAAUCAUUUGAAGGCUUGAUAAAUUUUUAACAAAAUUUGUACGUUUUUUAUGAGAGUUACUAGUAAUGCUUUACUAGGUAGUGCAAUGAAUUUUUAUUUUUAAUCCCUGUGCCCAAUUUUGGAGUUGAGAGAGUUGUUCAGUAAUAAAUGUAUGAUGUACACUUACA